GGCACCAGGGACAUUUUCCUCCAUCCGCCACCAAAAUUGUUUCCCCCGACGGUGCUCUACACGAAGGCGACUCCAUAUCAAAACAUCCCCAGUCUAUUCAGUUCGAACUGCACAGACUGGAGUUGUGACUCACUUCUUGAUUCUAAGCAUAUAGCUGGGCUGCCUCCACCUCCCUCGUUCACUCUCCUCUCCUCCUCUCCCUAUUGAAUUCAUCUCGUCAUGGCCGACCACCUAAGAUCUGCCUUUGCCGCGGCAAAGAAAGAUGGCCGUUCUGCCUUGGUGGGUUACUUCACGGCAGGCUAUCCUACUCCGGAGGAAACCCCGGACAUUAUGCUAGGGCUGCAGGCCGGUGGUGUUGAUGUCAUUGAACUUGGCCUCCCAUUCACCGAUCCCAUCGCAGACGGGCCCACCAUUCAGAAAUCAAAUACUGUGGCCCUCGCCAAUGGUGUCACCGUCACCGAUACCCUUCAAUUUGUUCGAGACGCCCGAAAGCGAGGGCUGCGGGUGCCUGUCCUGUUCAUGGGCUACUACAAUCCUCUCCUACGGUACGGCGAGGAUCGCAUGCUCAAAGACUGCAAAGAGGCGGGUGUCAAUGGCUUCAUCAUGGUCGAUUUGCCCCCCGAAGAGGCCGUGCGCUUCAGAAAUAACUGUACCAAGGAAGGACUGUCGUACGUGCCACUCAUUGCGCCCGCCACCUCAGACAAACGGAUGAAACUACUCUGCAAGAUCGCCGACUCCUUCAUCUAUGUGGUCUCUCGCAUGGGCGUCACCGGAGCCACUGGGACUCUGAACACCAAGUUGCCAGAACUGCUCGAGAGAGUCAGACAGUACUCUGGUGGUGUGCCCGCCGCAGUCGGCUUUGGCGUUAGUACACGGGAGCACUUUUUGAGCGUCUCCGAGAUUGCAGACGGGGUCGUGAUUGGCAGCCAGAUUGUCACCGAAUUGGGCAAGGCGGAAAAGGGUCAACGAGCUGCAGCUGUGCAAGCAUACUGCUCACAAAUUACAGGAAGAAGUGUGGGUGCUUUCAAUGCGACUGACGGACUCACGCGAGAGGUCGGUAUCGUCGAGACCAUGGCUUCGGCCAAGGAGCCCAAUGGAAACACGGUCAAUGGCCUUGAUGGUCACCAAGUCCAGGUAGACAGAGUCAUCACCGAUGCUGACGUUCCCGCGGAGCCUGGUCUAGCUGAUCAACUAGAUGCUCUCAAUUCAGACACCAACGGAUCUGCUCCCAACCCAGAUGCCAUUCCCGCGCGCUUCGGACAGUUUGGUGGGCAGUAUGUGCCUGAAUCUCUGAUGGACUGCUUGGCCGAGCUCGAACAGGGAUUUUCCAAGGCCAAAAACGACCCCCAGUUCUGGCAAGAAUUCCGGUCUUACUAUCCCUACAUGGGUCGUCCAUCGUCUCUUCACCUGGCAGAUAGGUUGACGGAAAGAGUGGGCGGAGCGCAGAUUUACCUCAAAAGAGAAGAUCUGAACCAUACAGGAAGCCACAAAAUCAACAACGCGCUCGGACAGAUUCUGAUUGCACGAAGGCUGGGUAAAAAACGGAUUAUUGCCGAGACGGGGGCGGGCCAGCAUGGGGUGGCGACAGCGACAGUGUGCGCCAAAUUCGGCAUGGAAUGCGUGGUCUACAUGGGCGCCGAAGAUGUGCGAAGACAAGCAUUGAACGUGUUUCGCAUGAAGCUUUUGGGUGCAAAGGUUGUGGCAGUGGAGGCAGGAUCCAGAACUCUACGAGACGCCGUCAACGAGGCACUCCGGGCGUGGGUGGUUGAUCUUGAUACCACCCACUACAUUAUUGGAUCGGCCAUUGGACCUCACCCGUUCCCUACCAUCGUCCGGACGUUCCAGAGCGUGAUCGGACAAGAGACCAAGGAGCAACUCAAGGAAUUGACAGGGAAACUGCCGGAUGCCGUGAUUGCCUGUGUUGGUGGAGGGUCCAACGCGGUGGGCAUGUUCUACCCGUUCAGCUCAGAUCCGUCUGUGAAAUUGAUCGGAGUGGAAGCUGGCGGAGAAGGCGUCAACACGGCAAAGCAUUCUGCUACCUUGGGUGGUGGUUCGAUUGGGGUGCUCCACGGUGUGAGAACCUACGUACUUCAGAACGAACACGGGCAGAUCAGUGACACACACUCGAUUUCGGCUGGGCUCGACUAUCCGGGCGUGGGACCAGAGCUGUCUAACUGGAAGGACAGCGAUCGGGCUCACUUCAUCAAUGCCACCGAUGCUGAAGCCCUGAUUGGGUUCCGAACGUUGAGCGAGACUGAAGGCAUCAUCCCCGCACUGGAGUCGAGCCACGCGAUCUACGGAGCGAUGCAGGUGGCAAAGACUAUGAAGAAGGAGGAGAGUCUAGUUAUCUGUCUCAGUGGCCGUGGAGACAAAGAUGUACAAAGUGUAGCGGAUGAAUUGCCCAAGCUUGGGCCGGCCAUUGGUUGGGAUCUGAGAUUUUAAGAUUGCCUGGAUCGAGGUGUUGAAGGAUUGCUGGAGAAGGGUUUCCAGACAGGCUCAGUAAACGUACAUAGGUACGAUGCAUUUGGUGUGACAUGA